AUGGAGAUGGAGCGGGUGCUAUGCGUGGGGCUCUGGUGCGUGCAUCCGGACUACGCGUCCCGGGCAUCGAUCCGACAGGCCAUGAGCGUGCUCCAGUUCGAGGCGCCGUUGCCGGAGCUCCCGCUGGAGAUGCCGGUGGCGACGUAUGGGCCGCCUGUCACUGUUGCCAGGGGUCACAACUGGUCAAGCACCACGUCGUCGACCGCAAGUGCCAACACCGGAGGCCACUACGACCGGACGGCGGAACACUCGUUUGGCUCGUCGGCCAAGAGCAGCACCCAUGGCCUCUUGUCACUUCCAAGUUCCACCACGAGGAGUGCAACGAAAUAA